AUGGCUACCUCCGCUUUUCAACCCGACUGGACGCCGUCACAGCCGUCGAGUUUGACACCCCCAUACUCGGUAUUCACAAAGCCUAUAGAGAAAUCGGAGCAGGACAAUAGAGAAUACAGGCUCAUCCAACUGGCGAAUGGCUUACAGGCGAUGGUGGUGCGGGACCCCAACGCCGACAAGGCUGCCGCAAGUCUCGAUGUUGCAGUGGGGCACUUGUACGACCCAGAUGACAUGCCUGGCCUUGCGCAUUUUUGCGAGCACUUGCUGUUCAUGGGAACGGAACAAUUUCCUCGCGAGAACGAGUACUCAGAGUUCCUCGCCAAAAACAAUGGCGGGUCCAACGCCUACACCUCCACCUCAAACACCAACUAUUACUUCAGUGUUGCUACCCCCGCUCUGGCUCCCGCACUCGCACGUUUCGCCGCUUUCUUCCAUUGUCCUCUAUUUUCGCCUUCUUGCACCUCUCGUGAACUCAAUGCCGUAGAUUCCGAGCACAAGAAGAAUCAUCAAUCCGAUAUGUGGCGUAUCUUCCAGCUUAACAAACAUCUGAGCCGACCCGGGCAUGUCUGGAAUAAGUUCGGGAGCGGGAACAGAGAAAGUUUAUCGAAGGCUGGUCAAGAGCUUAAGAGCAAAGGUCGACUGACUAGGCGAAGGUUAAUCGAGUGGUGGUCGAAAGAAUACUGCGCCAGCCGAAUGCGCCUGUGUGUCAUUGGCAGUGAAUCUCUGGAUGAACUGUCGGAAAUGGUUUCGAAGCUAUUUUCGCCCAUACCGAAUCGCGGUCGCGACGCUCUUCCAAUGAUCACUGAACAUCCCUUUGGACCAAACGAGAUGGGCACUCAAGUUUCGGUGCAAACGAUCAUGUCUUUCCACGCUGUGGAGAUUUCGUUUCCUCUGGAAUACCAACCGCCUCUCUGGCGCCACAAACCUGCCAAUUUCUUGAGUCACUUCGUAGGCCACGAAGGACCUGGUUCCUUGUAUUCGUACUUGAAGAACAAGGGAUGGGUUACUUCUCUCAGCAGCGGGCCUCAGAAUCUCGCUCGAGGUUUCGCCAUGUUCAAAGUCACGAUCCAUCUUACCGACGAAGGCUUCAAACACAACCGCGACGUUACACUCGCCACAUUCAAGUAUCUGUCUCUACUCCGUUCUUCCGAAUUCCCCGCUUGGCAUCAACGCGAGGUCGCCACCAUAUCCCGUACUCGUUUCCGUUUCGCAGAGAAACGACGACCGGAUGAUUACGCGGUAUGGGUGUCCGAGCACAUGGCCUGGCCGGUCCCUCGCGAGUUGAUCUUAGCCGGACCACAACUCACGUGGGAAUGGGACGAGGGCGAGGAUGGCGAGGAGAAGAAAAUGAGGGAAACGUUGGAUGGGCUUAGGGUGACUCGAGGGCGGGCGGUGUUGAUGGCGAAGGGUUCGGAGCACGAGAAACUGAGCCCUGGAGCCAAUUGGGAGAAGGAGCCUUGGUAUGGAACUGAGUAUAAAGUUGAGAGGUUCGACGAGGAGUUCGUGCGCGAGGCCGAAACAGCAAACGAUAUUCCCGACCUCCGUCUUCCAGGACCUAACGAGUUUAUACCCACUGACCUCGACGUAGAUAAGCGCGAUCCAGCCAAACGACCCCAUCUUGUCCGCAAAACGGCAUUGUCUUCCUUAUGGCAUAAGAAAGACGACAAGUUCUGGGUACCCAAAGCACACGUGGUCGUUGAUCUUCGAAGCCCAAUUGCCAAUGCUACGGCAAAGGCAGCCGUGCUGACGAAGUUAUACUCUGAUCUGGUGACGGACGCGCUGUCUGAGUACUCGUAUGACGCGGAUUUGGCUGGGCUUCAGUACAACUGCAUCUCACACACUGGGGGCUUGUAUGUAGCGCUGAAUGGGUACAACGACAAGAUGCCCAUCCUCGUUCACCACGUCCUGGAGAAGAUCAAGACUCUCGCAAUCGAUCCCGAACGGUUCGCCGUUAUGAGGGAACAGGCGAAGAAGAACUGGGAGAAUUUCUUCCUUGGCCAAUCUUACCAGUUAUCUGAAUAUUAUGCUCGGUAUUUACUCACCGAACAACAGUGGACCCACCAAGAGAAGCUUGCCGUCUUGCCUUCGGUCACUAUCGAGGAUCUUCAACAACAUAUUGCUGCACUAUUGAUCGACGUGCAUGCCCAAAUACUGGUUGCUGGCAACUUGUACAAAGAUGAGGCAAUGAAGAUCGCUGAGACGGUAGAGACUAGCCUACAACCAACGUCGGCGCCCCAGUCAGCCCUCAUUGGACACUCCCUUGUAGUACCUCCUGCCUCCAACUACACUUGGGUCUCCACAAUCCCCAACCCCAACCAAGCCAACUCCGCCCUAACUUAUUAUCUUAACUUUGGGCCUAUAACAGAUCAACGUCUCCGGGUGGCGUCGGCGUUGCUUGCGCAGAUUUUGCACGAACCGGCGUUUAAUGUCCUCAGAACGAAAGAGCAACUCGGGUAUAUCGUGUUCUGUUCGCAAUGGCUCUUGACUGGAUCCGCGCAGAAGGGCCUGCGUAUCACCGUACAAAGUGAGAAGUUCCCCGGAUACCUAGAGGAUCGAGUAGAGGCGUUUUUGGACAGCAUGAAAGCUGUGAUCGAGGAGAUGCCGGAAGAUCAGUUUGAAGAGCAGAAGCAAGGGUUGGAAAGAAAAUGGCUUGAAGCAGAUAAGAACUUGAGCGAGGAGGCGUCACGCUACUUGACACAAAUACAGACCGGACAUCUUGAUUUCUUGAGGAACGAAGCCGAUGCGAAGUUACUUCAAGAAGUCACAAAGAAGGAUGUCUUGACACUGUUCCUCACUUAUGUACACCCUUCGUCACCCUCUCGAGCGAAACUUUCCGUGCACAUGCGAUCGCAGAAGCCGAGGCCACCCAAGAUUAGUCACGCUGCUGCUCAGGCGUUCGAAGUCCUGGCCCAAAGUGCGGGCAUAUCACCAGAGGAUGCCCAGUCCUGGAAAGACACGCUGGGUGAAGAGGAUGGUCCUAUAUCAUCGGCGGACUUUACGAAAUAUUGGGUAGGCGUGUUUGGGAAAUUAGCUGCUCCCCUACCGCAAGAGAAGAUUCAGGAGCUCGUCACUCAGAUGCAGGCCCUGGCAAAGAGAUACCCAGUGGAGGGAGAAGACGAGGAUCAACCGAGGCCAGGUGUUACAUACUUCGAAGAUGCUUCCUCCUUCAAGAGUUCCUUGCAAGUGGCCCCGGACCCUGGACCAAUGGUGCAGUGGGAUGAUCUACCUACACCGAAAUUUUGA